AGCGGGCCCCGAUGAUGGACAAGGGAAGCCGGCCCCUUGUCGUGCGAGGAAAAUCUCAGCCUCCCACUCCCUGCUCACCAGAACACGAACCAGGCUCCGCAAUGGUGUCCCGCAAGGCCGUGGCUGCCCUGCUGGUGGUGCAUGCACUCGCCAUGCUGGCCUCCCAGACGGAAGCCUUCGUCCCCAUCUUCACCUACAGCGAGCUCCAGAAGAUGCAGGAGCGAGAACGGAACAAAGGGCAGAAGAAAUCCCUGAGCGUCCGGCAGAGGUCUGAGGAGACGGGUCCUCUAGACCCAGCGGAGCUCAUGGAAGAAGGAGACGUGAUCAAGCUGACUGCUCCUGUGGAAAUUGGAAUGAGGAUGAACUCCAGGCAACUGGAAAAGUACCGGGCCGCCCUGGAAGGGCUGCUGAGCGGAUGGUGGCCGUCCACCCCCAACGACGAGUGACAGCCCUGCUCCGGGAUAAGGAAGACAGAGCUGCGAGCCCCCCUCCUGCCUAGCAGGGCUCCACAAGUCUGCAUGGCCCACCCGCUGGGCUGGGAAGGAAGACACCCUCUCCAGUGUAAAUCCCCCUCCAGCAAAUAAAA